AUGUCUAACAUACAAUUCAAUUUAUGUACUAGUUUCCCCGGUUUACUUCAAACUUAUCACGAAUCAUUGUAUGAUUUGAUAACCACAUAUGAGUUAUACUUAUCAUACAAGAGAAGACAAAUAUCAUUGUUAUUCAAUCUAUUGUUUUUUUCAUCAGCCGCUGAAUUACCUUCUAUAACUAAAUUAGAACUGAGUUGGAUGGUUCUACAAAAUAGUAUAAUGACGAAAAAUCAACAAUUAUGGGGGUAUAGAAGAAUUUUAAAUGAAACAAUGACGACAAUGAUUACUUCAGGGUACAUUUCUAAAAAACAAUUAUUUGAAUUUAAUCAUUGUAUAGUACUUGAAUUACAGCAAGUGGAAGAUAGAUUUGAAGAUUUGAUUGAAAGUGAAACAAAAGAUAACACGAGUAAUGACCAAAAUGUCAUUACAACGACAUUUGGCAAUGACAAUGAUCGAUGUUUCGAAUUACUGUUGUUGGAUAAACAACCACAAUUGUUUAGAGAUAUAUUGGAUUUACAUAAUAGCUUAAUUAGCAAGUAUUACGUUGUUCAACGUCAGAGCAUCAACAACAAUAAUAUCUCAAGAAGGUGUGUGUAUAUUUAA